GCGGCAAAUAAAACAAAAACGGGGGAUAGAUCCACUUGAGGAGACGUGCGCAGGACGGCGUCGUAUACUUGUCGAGUUUGAAGCAGGUAGUUGAGCCAAAGUUUUGUUUGCUGUAUGAACUCAUGUGUAUGGGUGGGACAAGUAAAGCACAACCUUGCAGAUGGUGUGGUAGUGGCACUAGUUAACAGACGUUCUUUAUCUCGUUAUUUUCUUUGGUUAUGUGAUGUGGCCAUAGAGAGAGAUCUUGCUCUUUAAUAAUACGGGAAAGUCAGUGAAGAGAAAGAAACCAGGGCUCCACACAACGAAGAAUAGGAAGAGAGAGAGCUAGAGGAUAGAUAGUAGCCCUCUUGAUUGUGUGGUUGGAUUUGAGGACGUUGCCCCGAGACAACGAAAUUAUCUGAAACAUGCUCUUAACGAUGAGACUGCUGGUGGCACUGGCCCUAUGUCUGUGCUUCUAUGCUCCAUCACCAGUGCUGUCUUUCACCCUGCCCGAGGAGAAAUUCAUCGAGAGUAAAAUGCCAGAUGUCGGGGAGGAGAGCACGGGGCAAAACGACAUUAACUCGAUAGCAAAAUCGUUGAUUCGAGAAGUAUUCGGCGGUGCGGAUGAGAGAGAAAUGGAUGCCGAAGAUGAGGGAGAAGAAGCAGGUGAGAUGAGCCUAUCGAAACGUACAACCGGAUCAAAUAGACCUCAGAGAGAAAUAAGAGCAAGGGCACAAUUUGCAGGGAGGCGACCACCAAUUACAACUCGCUCUAAAUUCACAUGGGGAAAAAGAUCUUCUCCGUCAAUGAUUUCAAGACCGACCGCCGAACAAUUACUCGAAGAACUUCAACGAAACGCGGAGAUGUCAGAUGAGUGGCGGGAUAGUGAUAAACCAGCAUUAUUAAACGAUGCUGCCCUCUACGACAACCUGAUGGAUAAACAUCAAGUUCAGAAGGAUGCGUUCUCGUCGUUUUCUUUCGGAAAACGAGGUAUGUCGCCGUUUUCAUUCGGCAAAAGAAGUAUGCCCUCAUUCGCGUUCGGAAAGCGAGGUCUCAUGUCGAGUUUCGCAUUCGGUAAAAGGCCACACGGUGGUUCAGCCUUUAUUUUUGGUCGACGAGAUUGGGAGCCUAGGGAGCAGGACUUUGAAUCAGGCCCAUACAAGAGGGGAAAUGUAGCCUUUUCAUUUGGCAAACGGGCAGACCAAUAAAAAUGCAAUUCAAAAAAUAAAUAAACUCGAAUUCUGUCAAGAAAAUAAUAAAAUAGCGCCAGUGUUUGUACUGUGAUCAGCAUGCAUUACUUUCAAUCCCUGCCUAGCAUCAUAAUAAAUAUUGUUCAUAUGAAGAGUAUGAUAAUGGAGCAUUAAUCAAUUAUGAAGUUAGAUUAAUAUUUUGUUAACUGCUUGGUCUUUUUUCAUCAUCGCUUAGUUUCAUUGGGAAAUGUUUAAAUGCUAUUGAUAUCGAAAACAUGAUUUUGACAAUGUAAUAUCAUUUUUUGAAAUAAACAUUUACCUCUUGUGUGUUUUUAAGUUAUACGAACAGGUUCAUUGGUCUACAAAAUUGUCAAAUUUGAAAAUUAAUUAAAUCAAAAAAAUCCUACGGGGGCUUGAAAAGUUAUUCAAAAUUAUGCAGGGAGACUCAAACAGAUUUGUUUGAAUGGUCAUAGCUUUUGUAUUCACCAUUCAUGAUGGAAAAGCAAACGAAUUGUCCUAUUUUUCGUGACCUGGUAAUAACAUAUAACAAUCAAAGAAGUUCUAGUAUCAAUAGUUUACCCUUGCAAAAUUAAAUCCUACGGGGGCUUGAAAAGUUAUUCAAAUCAUGCAGGGAGACUCAAACAAAUUUGUUUGAAUGGUCAUAGCUUUUGUAUUCACCAUUCAUGAUGGAAAAGCAAACGAAUUGUCCUAUUUUUCGUGACCUGGUAAUAACAUAUAACAAUCAAAGAAGUUCUAGUAUCAAUAGUUUACCCUUGCAAAAUUAGGGCAAUCUUGAGGAAACAAUUGAAGCUAGCAUCUGAUUUAUUCCUGAGUGUUACAAGAACCCUUGAAAAAAGGAUUACCCCUCAUGUCAGAAUCAAAUCCUCCUUGUAUGUGACAUGAUUCCUUAUUUUUAAUUACUCAGCCCACGUAGAAUAUUACAUGACUGAUGACGUUAGUGCACUUUGUAGUUUUUAAUUAACAAGAAUGCUUGAACUUUCGUAAAAUGAGAUUGAGGACGACUUGAAUGUCUAAUGAUUGUUUAUUUUAAUGCUAAUAUAACAAAACGCUUGAUAAUGAAAGAGUUUAAAUCAGAGAUAAAUUUUACGUGAGUCUGUUGUGUCAACGAUCCUCGAAAUAAAUAUCAAUGAAUUUUCAUGAAUCUUAUCUUAUAUUAUGAUGCGAAUGAGAACGUUGUAAUUAAGAGGGGAAUUGUUAAUAUGAUUGAAAGAGGUACAAUAGAUUUCGUUUUGAUGCGAACAUGUUAUAAUUUAAGAGCUAGGUGGGCGUCGCAGUUCAUUCGACAGGAUUUUAUAAGAUAAACUUUUCGUCGAUCUUGUUAUCCUGUAUGAAUAUAUUUGAAUGAAAUGAAAUAAACUAGAAUUAAUAUAAAUAAGCAGUUUAGGUAAUUAAUGAAAGUGUUCCCGUAGAUUUGCGCGGGCGGGGGUUGCUUUGAUCACGUGUCCUUUUUUUCUCGCAACUGUAACCGUUAAAUGUAAAAUCAAUUUAUCAGAUAUGUGUAUUCAAUUUUCCAUAAUUUGAUUGAAGCAUCGAUUAUUUUUAAUAAGUUUAUGAUAUCAUAGUGAUUGACAGUUGCGAUUAAGAAAGUACAAACAUUGAUGUGUCAGAACCCAGGACCGUUUUAAAUAUUUGAAUAUAUUGAUUUUUUGCUUUGGUGGUAUAAUCAAUAACAUGAAUAACUUGCAGUGUUCGAAGAUUUUAUUUUCCUCUCUGAAAAAUGACAUUGUUUACUGUGUUAUACUAUGUCAUACUUUGUCAAACCCUCCUAUAAAUAGAAAAGAAAUAUGAAAAAUAAAAUGUUAUGAAUGAAACUACA